AUGGAAACUCGCUUGAUGAAAGAUGGAGUUUUGAGGGUUAAGUACAAAUGUGGUUUUGAGUGUUUUCAGUGGGUGGAAUGCAUGGGAAGUGGUAGAAAUCGAGCUGGAGAGCUAGCAUUGAUGUCGAAGAAGCAAGUACAUGUUGAUAUUCUUUCUUUCACCAACAGUCAUAUUGGUUGGAGCUUCAUUAAUAAAUUCUCCCCUAUAAAGAUCCUCCAUCUCCUCCGUCAUGGUUUCGACCAUGCGAUUAUUAGAAUUGAUCUUGAAGCUGAGUUGGAGGAGAGCAACAAGAAGAGAAGGCAUAUUUUCAUAUUUAAGGAGGUUUGGAUUAAAGAUCCAAAGUGUGAAAAGCUUGUGGGCCAACUGUGGAAUGGGAACUCGUGGCAGGGACACCAACAAAUUCAAGUUAUGCAGGAACUUGAUGAUCACUUCAAAGAAUACAAAGCAGGGGCAGUGGAAAAGGAGAUUUCAGGAGUUGAUACGUUACUAAAGGAUGAGAAUAGGUGGGCAGCAAAUCAGGAGAGCAUUAAUACAUUUAAAGCCCUCGAAGUUCAACACAAUAAUCUUCUGCAAAUGGAGGAAGUUAUCUGGAGGCAAGAGAGUUGA